UCGUUUCAAGAUGGUAAUUCACAAGCAUCCACACGUUAUGUUUUGCCUAUCUACAAGAUAACCAAUUGGCGGGGUAGAUGUUAUCACGAGUUAAACCCGCCGUCAGUACGGGACCGGGGGGGACAGCAGGCGGCAUCGUAAACAUUGACAAGAAAAAGAAAGCGCCAAAACUGGAAGAUUUUGUUGAGAGUAGAGACUUCACAGGAGCGAUUACCCUUUUGGAGUUCAACGCAGCGGCUGGAAAACAAGAUCAAGAUACGUUGGCAUGGCUUGGAUAUGCCGCGUUUCAUUUGAGUGAUUAUAAAAAGGCCAUGGAGGAAGACGUACCAAGCAAUGUUGCAAGACCCGAAAUGUGAUCCUUUGGUGCAUCUUUAUCUCGGAUGUUGCUAUUUCUUCUUGGGAAUGUAUAGGGAGGCAGACGAGGAGGCUCAGAAAGGACCUACCUGCAAAUUACAGAACAGACUUCUUUUUCACCUAUCCCACAAAUUUAAUGACGAGAAACGCUUGAUGGGGUACCAUCAGAAUCUUCAGGAUGUGAUUGAGGAUCAGCUGAGCUUGGCGUCUAUCCAUUACCUUCGAAGCCACUACCAAGAAGCGAUAGAUAUUUACAAGCGGAUACUGGUUGAGCAUCGAGAAUAUCUGGCCAUAAACGUCUACAUUGCCAUGUGCUACUACAAGCUUGACUACUACGACGUCUCGCAGGAAGUCCUAUCUGUCUACCUGCAACAGUAUCCGGACAGCGUGGUUGCCAUCAACCUCAAAGCGUGCAAUCAUUUCCGACUGUACAAUGGAAAGGCCGCAGAACAAGAAUUCAAAGCAAUGACCGAGAAAAUGUCACCCCAUUUCCACUUUGCAGAGGAUCUGAUAAAGCAUAAUUUGGUUGUCUUUCGAAAUGGUGAAGGUGCCCUGCAGGUUUUUCCACCUCUUCUGGACGUUAUUCCCGAAGCUAGAUUGAAUCUCGUAAUAUACCACUUGCGAAAUAACGACAUCAUCGCCGCUUUCAAUCUAAUGAAGGAUGUCGAGCCAUCCACACCCCAGGAAUACAUCCUGAAAGGGAUCGUCAAUGCGGCACUCGGCCAAGAACAAGAAUCUCGAGAGCAUCUCAAAAUUGCACAGCAAUACUUUCAACUGGUGGGAGGAUCGGCGAGCGAGUGUGACACAAUACCCGGGAGGCAGUGCAUGGCUUCUUGCUUCUUUUUGCUGAAGCAGUUUGAGGAUGUUUUGAUAUAUUUGAAUUCCAUCAAGGGAUACUUUUACAAUGACGAUACCUUUAAUUACAACUAUGCACAAGCCAAAGUGGCAACUGGAGCGUACGAGGAAGCUGAAGAGAUACUGUUGACAAUACAAAAUGAGAAGUGCAAAAAUGACUAUGCAUAUUUGAGCCAUUUAGCGCGAUGCUAUGUCAUGAACAAGAAACCUCGACUUGCCUGGGAACUAUACCUCAAAAUGGAGACUUCAAGUGAAUCCUUCAGUCUACUUCAACUCAUAGCCAACGAUUGCUACAAGAUGACCCAAUAUUACUACUCAGCGAAAGCAUUCGACGUAUUAGAACGCCUCGACCCCAACCCGGAAUAUUGGGAUGGAAAACGAGGCGCUUGCAUAGGCGUAUUCAAGCAAGUAGUGCAAGGGGAAGAACCAAAAGAGUUGCUACGGGAUGUAGUUACAAUGUUGAGAAAUACGGCCAAUCCGCAGGUGGAAUAUAUCAUUAGGAUUGUCAAGAAGUAUGCAAAAGAUAAUCGGAUACCAUUGUGAGCUGUGCAAGUUAGUACAAUAGUGGAAAGUUGCAUGUCCGUUCUUUGUAUACACAAUUUGGGUGUAACUGUUCAGUGUCGUGGCAUUGUAAAAACGCAGACAUCAAGCUAUAACUUCUCUAGCAGUUAGCGUCCUUCUUACACAUCCUCCUUACACAGAGUUUGGACUGCUAGUGUAUUGUAUCAUCGAAAUCAUGCAACAGCGAAUAGAUGGAAUGAUGGAAGGUGGACAGGAAGAAAUCACACUCUUCAA